UUGACGUGAAAUGCGAUGAAGGACGGCAGAUUUGGUGGGAAAAUGUUGAACCGCGAUUCAGCACUAAUCGGGCUGAUCAGUUGCUUUUGCUUUCACUCCGCGUUUCUUACUAAUUUCGUCGCCGCUUCUUCUCCGGACCCGCUGCUCGGAUCCGCCCGCGUCGUUUUUCAGACCAACUAUGGCGACAUUGAAUUUGGGUUCUACCCGACCAUCGCGCCGAAGACUGUGGAGCACAUUUUCAAGCUCGUCCGCCUCGGCGGCUACAACACCAACCACAUCUUUAGGGUUGAGAAAGGGUUCGUCGCUCAAGUGGCCGACGUGGCCAGCGGAAGGUCGGCUCCGAUGAACGAGGAGCAGCGGAGGGAGGCGGUGAAGACGGUGGUCGGCGAGUUCAGUGACGUCAAGCAUGUCAGGGGCAUCCUCUCUAUGGGAAGGCACGAAGAUCCGAACAGCGCCGGAUCGUCCUUCUCAAUGCUGCUUGGAGAUUCCCCUCAUCUUGAUGGGAAGUAUGCAAUAUUUGGGAAAGUUACUAAAGGUGAUGAGACCUUGAAAGCACUUGAGGAACUCCCUACUCGUCGCGAAGGGAUUUUCGUGAUGCCCACCGAGCGCAUUACAAUUCUGUCAACAUACUACUACGACACCGAGAUGGAGAAUUGCGUAGACAUGAGGUCCAUUAUGAAGCGGAGGCUUGCUGCAGCUGCCUUUGAAACUGAAAGACAGAGAAUGAAAUGUUUCCCAUGACAUAGCAAGCAAACAGUUUACAAAGGGUGAGAAAAGUUCAAAAAUCCAUUCAAGCGGAUGGGAGACAAUACGUAUGGGGUCAAUCGAGCAUCCGCCACUGUGAAUACCUCUGACACUAAAAUUGUCUCUGUAAAUGAACGUCGAAACCUGAUGUUAUACUGGAUGUUGAUAAUGGCUGACAUGCAUGUUGAGGCCACACAUUUGAUUCCUGAUGUUUGCUGUGAAACUGCUGAAACCGUUGCUUAUGCAAGGGGAAGCAAAUAAUGGAUUUAUAGUGGCUUAGUUAUAAACCAAAUCCAAAGUCUGAAAUUCGGAGUUUGAUUUACUGUCGGUAAUAUUAUUCUUCAUUGUUGCUUGUAUGGAUAACACUUCCAUUCAACGAGAAUGUAACUGUGAGUCUGUGACGGUAUUCCAAGUUAAUCAUGCUAUACAUCUUUUGUAUCCCUA